AAUUGACUAAAUAUCUGACAGAAAUGAAGGAUUCACCUAGACUCACAUUAUAUAGAUAUGGCGUCCAUAUGGACAUUUAUUAAUAAAAAUUUUAGGUCUCCAGUCCAGCCUUACUAGUCGAAUAUUCAUUCCUCCUCCUCUAUCUUCGAUCAAUAAGCAGCUGUGUGGAUUGUAUUUGUAUUGUAUCGUGGAAGCGAGAUUUAGGGUUUUGAGAGAGAGAGAGAGAGAGAAAUGGCUUUAACGAACUUUAUUCUGACAGUGGUCGGUGUGAGCGCAGUGGUUCUGCUGCUGAGGAGCGAUGUCAAACAAUCGGCCACUAUUUUCAGGCGAAACGUUCGUCAGAUUCGCCAUUGGCUUGAAGAAGAGUCCUCCAAUGCUGCCAAGGAAAUGGAGAAGGCUAAGCCCAAGGAGCUGCCGAAGAAAGAUAUUCCAAAAGAGGAUAAGCACUAGGUGUUUUAGAUCAGACCUGGUUUAUAUUGUAAAACUUCUCGUUCUUCCAGUUUCAUUUGGAUAUGACAAUCUAUCUUGCACAAAAUCUUGACCAAUGUAGCUAGCUUACUGCUUUGUUUUGUGUUUCUCAACACUUUUGGUACUAUACUGUCUGCUAUGUAAUAUACUCUGAAGAAAGGUGUUAUUCUUUUGAUCAAA